AUGCCUACUGCUUUGUCAAAUAUUAAUGGGAAAAUAUGGGAUUUUGUGGAUGAGAAUUGCAAGGAGACAGUACUCAUAGAUAUGGAGCAGCAACUUUAUUUGAAGUUACUCAAUAAUGAACUCAGCAAGCAGAUAAUAAUUACACUUGUUUACGUAAAGUAUGAUUCGACGGAGUGGGUUUCUUUAUGGGAUUCACUGUAUUUAUUGGGAUCUGGUAUGACUGAUCCUUGGCUAGCCACAGGUAAUUUUAAUGUCAUUGUUGAUGAGGAGGAAAAAUAUGGAGGUCUUCCAGUAUCCAUCAGUGAAGUAGAAGAUUUCAGGCACUGCAUUCAAACAUAUAAUUUAUCUGAUUUGGGCUUCAAGGGCAGUAUUUUUACAUGGUGGAAUGGUCGGCUGGACGACGCUUGUAUUUUUAAGAGAUUGGAUAGGUGCUUGGGAAAUUUUGAAUUCCAACAGAUGUUUCUGGGAUGUGAUGUGACUCACUUGAUUAGAUUUGGCUCAGAUCACUCUCUGUUAUUGCUUAAGUGCAAGGUUGACAGUUCACAAAUUAAGAAAUCGUUCAAAUUUCUAAAUUUUUGGAUAACUCACGAGAGCUUUCUAGAUGUGGUGCAUCAAAAUUGGAAUUUUGAGUUUGUAGGUAAUAUUUUUGUUCAGUUUAAUAUUAAGCUGAACAAAAUUCUAUCAAGUUGGAGCAAAUCAACUUACGGAGACAUUUUUCAAAAAAUUGGUAAUAUGGAGGAUGUGAUCACGGUCCUGGAAUUUCUAUUCGAACUUGAUCCUUCACAGCAGAACACACAGAGUUUGUUAAAAGCCCAGUCAGAAUUGACUAGAGUGAUGCAUAUUGAAGAGGAAUUUUGGAAGCAAAAAGCAAAUAUGAGUUGGUUUCAAGAGGGUGACAGGGAUUCUAGAUUUUUUCAUGCACAAGUUAAUGGUAGAAGAAGGAGAAUGCAGAUAAAGAAAAUUCAACAAAAUGGUCAAUGGUUAGAAUCAACUGAGGAAGUAGCUACUGUUGCUGUGAAUUUUUUCCAAAAAUAA